AAACAUGAAAAGUGUGAAGGAAUUUAUUUCCCCAUUCAAAUGCUCCAAGUCCGGGUAUGGCCUUUAGCUCUGAAAAAGAGGUUUAUAAUUUUUUCAUUUCUUAUGCUAAGAAAAAAGGAUUUGGUGUAACUAAGAAAAGCGUGAAGAAGGUAGAUGAUGGCCAACUAAAGUAUUAUUCACUCACCUGCUCCAAAUUUGGUAAGAGUAGAAGUAAUGCGAAAAGAAGUUUCAAUCCCAAGCCAUCAAGUAAGACUGGAUGCAAGGCUAAAAUUAAUGUGAUGGUCAAUGAUGAAGGGAGUUUUAUUAUCUCUAGAGCUAAUUUGGAGCAUAACCAUGGACUUAGCCCAAGUAAAUCACAAUUCUUUAGAUGCAACAAGGCGAUGGAUUCACAUGUUAAAAAAAGACUUGAAGUGAACGAUGAAGCUGGGAUUUCAUUGAGUAAAAAUUUUCAGUCACUAGUUGUUGAAGCUGGAGGGUAUGAAAACUUGCCAUUUACAGAGAGAGACUGUCGAAAUUAUAUUGCCAAAGCAAGAAAACUUAGGCUCGGGGCUGGUGAUGCAGAAGCACUUUGUGAUUAUUUUUUUCGCAUGCAACAAAGAAAUCCAAGUUUCUUUUAUAUUAUUGAUAUGGAUGAAGAAGGACGGUUAAGAAAUGUCUUCUGGGCUGAUCCAAGGUCAAUUGUAGCAUAUGAAUCAUUUGGGGAUGUUAUAUCAUUUGACACCACAUAUCUAACUAACAGAUAUAAUAUGCCAUUUGCACCAUUUGUUGGUGUGAAUCAGCAUGGACAGACCAUGCUACUUGGGUGUGGUUUGCUAUCAAAUGAAGAUAUAAAGACUUAUAUUUGGUUGUUUAGCUCGUGGUUAAAUUGUAUGUCAGGUCAUUAUCCGAAAGCAAUUAUUACAGAUCAGUGUAAAGCUAUCAAGGCUGCAGUUGCAGAAGUUUUUCCUCAUUCUCGUCAUCGAUUUUGUCUUUGGCAUAUUAUGAGAAAGAUUCCAAAAAAACUAGGAGGGUUGGCUAAAUACAAGGAAGUGAAGAAAAUUUUGAAAAGUGCUGUUUAUGAGUCUGUGAAAGUUUAUGAAUUUGAACAAACAUGGGGUAAAAUGAUUAAGGAUUUCAAUCUUGAAAGGAAUGAGUGGCUGAAUUCAUUAUAUGAUGUUCGAUCUUAUUGGGUCCCAGCAUACAUUAAAAAUACUUUUUGGGCUGGAAUGUCCACCACUCAACGAAGUGAGAGUGUGAAUGCUUUCUUUGAUGGUUAUGUUGGUGCACAAACAUCUUUAAAGCAAUUUGUAGAGCAAUAUGAUAAUGCUUUGAAAAGUAAGAUUGAAAAUGAGAAUAAGGCAGAUUUUGCUUCUUAUAAUUCUAGUAUUCCAAUGAUAACUCGUUUCUUUUUUGAGAAGCAAUUUCAGGAGGCUUAUACAAAUGAAAAUUUUAAAAUGUUUCAAGAAGAGAUACAAGACAUGAUGUACUGUAAUUUAGAUUUUGAUUCAGUUGAUGGGUCAAUAUCAAAAUUCCGAGUGAAAGACUAUUUUAGAGGAAAAGAUGGCAGAUUUAAACAGCAGGUGGUUUACGAUGUUUGCUUCAAUGAGGUUGAAUGUGAUAUUAAGUGUUCUUGUUGCAUGUUUGAGUUCAAGGGGAUUCUCUGUAGACAUGUGGUGAAAGUGCUUAUUGAGAAAAAUGUGAAAGAGGUUCCACAUCGAUAUAUUUUAGAUCGUUGGAGGAAGGAUAUCAAGCGUAGACACACUUUCAUUAAGUCUUGUUGUGAUGAUUUUGAUUCUAGUGAGAAAAAAUUGAGAUACACCAAGUUGUGUUCUAAGUUCUACAAAGUUGCUGUUGUUGGAGUUGAAUCCAAAGAAAAUUAUGAAUUUUUACUUAAUUGUAUUGAUGAUGCAUUGGACAGAAUUAUGAAGCGUCCAAAUUCUAAAGGAAUUGAUCUUAAUCAUGUAUCCAUGGAGCCUAGGAUGGAGACUAAUGAAGGACAUCAAGAAAUUUCAACAAUCCCUGCUAGAUUGCUUUCUCCUUUGAAAGCACGAGCAAAAGGUCGCCCUCCAUCAAAAAGAAAACAAUCUACUAUAGAAAAAAUAGUAGAGAAGAAAAAAAGAAGUAAGAAAAAGGUGAAUCCAAAUUAUAACGGAGUAAUAAAUGAUUUUGAUCUCAAUUUGGAUCUUUCACAGCGAGGUGAAGUCCAACACUUCAAUUGUUAUGGUGGAUUCAAAGAGACAUUGGUUUAGAUUGUAAUGAAGAUAUAUUCAGUUUACCAUUCUUGACAUUCCUUUUAGUAUGGUGCAUAAUUCUUCACUUUUUGUUAAGAACUUGGAUCUCUUACAGUUAUGAAAAUUUGUUACUAUUAUUAUUUAAUUAGCUAUGUUUUAUAGGAAUUUGAAGUUCUACAUGAUCAAAUGAGUUGAGAUUCUAUCUCUUGUUAUUUUUUCCAAUUUGUAUGUUGUCUUUAUAGGUCUAUCUAAAAUGAAACCAAGAUGUGAUG